CUGUCUUCAGCAUCAGUCAGCAUUCCAAUUGCAGCAUCUCCUUCAUAACACUGCUUUAUCGAUUUCUGCUUAAGCAACGGGGACCCAUACAGGAUCACGACAAGUACGUUCCUCAACGAACCCUUGGAUGGGGUCGACACGAAGGGACCCCAUUACUUCCCAACAGCAACCAGCACAGCCGAACCAUGACACCACCAUUCAGCCUUCCUCGAUUGCAGUCACCCUAGGCCUAACGUCGUUCGCGUACUUGGGGCUACUUGUCAGCACGGAUAUGUGGGCCGAAUAUGCUUUCCCUCUGUGCAUCCACCCGGUGAAGUGCUUCGACUUCGAGACCGAACUCAGAAACAGCAUCGGCUCCAGUUAUGAACCAUGCGACGACCUGUACCUCCAUGUGUGCAGCCGCUGGAAGGACAACUAUCCGAGAUCUGGAAAUCAGUUCAGGCUUCUAAACCAGCGCACCAAGUACGUCCUUUACGAAGCCCUGUUAGAACCACAAAGGGCAAAGUCCUCGUCGGUCCUGGACAAAGUUGCUCUGGGCUUCCAACAAUGCAUUAACGUGCUUGCGAAUCAGGAAGACCAUCGAAAUAUCAUCGCUGGUCUGUUUGACCAGUACCAUUUCAAGUGGCCGUCAUUGAGACUUCCGAAAGAGUUCGACUUGUUGGACUUCUCAGUUGGGCUAGCCCUGGACUACGACAUCAGCACGCUCUUCGGCCUGUCUGUUGUGCCGUACUACCGCACAGACAGUAAGUACACGCUAAUGCUGUCGGCAGCUCAAGGUUACUUGGAACCAGUCUAUACUAUAGAUUACCUGAUCAGCAAUGUCGAUAUUGGCUCCUGCAUCCAUCUUUUCGACCCAUACCUAGAAGAGGAAAGAGAUGUUUAUGUAUCUGUAAUCGUAACGUUCCUACACAACUUGUUCGUUGCUCAGAACCUCGCCAACAUAGACUUUAUUGUGAACUACACAACGCUUGCUGACUUCACCUCCAUCAGUCCUACAAUACCUCCCGCUGACUGGGUGAGGACAAUCAAUAAGCACCUUCCCCAGAGCGUCCGGCUCACGGAAACCGACGACAUCCUCGUGUACUCCGGUGCCCUUGUAAUGCUUCGCCACGUUUUACCAGUGUACAAAAACAACAUACCUGAGCUGAUGGUUGCGGUGGGAUUCCUACUAGUUCAGCGCCUUUCCAACGCGUUCUCGUACGAGCAACUCAAGUGCAUGGACACGGCAUUGGGAGCCAUCCCUGACUAUCAUCCGCUUCAUACCGAGCCGUGUGUAGAGAUGAUGAACCGGAUUGCUCCAUUCGCCAUGGCUCGAAUUCUGUACGACGAAAUCCUUGACCCUGCCUCUGUAAACAUCACGAGAAACAUUUUUAAGAACAUCAUGGAAUCAACGUACAUGUCGUACUCAACCUUGCACUGGAUGACGAACUAUACUCGACACGUUGCUGUCGACCGUCUCGCUGCCUUAACGCAAGUCGUAGCCAUGUCUGAACAUCUGGCCGACCGGAAAACGCUCGAUGACUUUUACUCCUACCUUCCUCCUUUCGACAAGUACUUCAUCGUGGAUUACAUCGAAGCAAGCAGACAGAAAAUGAUCAAGCUGAAAGCUUUCUUAGCCGUGCCUCCACCGAAAGCAGCCUUGCCCGUCCGAAGGGAAGACAUCGAAGUCUCUCUAAUCGAAACGGGCGCAUUUUACAUGUUUUUACCUCACAUGAUGGUCAUACCUGGCGCCAUAAUGCAGGCACCGUUCGUCAACGCGGAGCUACCACUGCCGGCGUCCUAUGGCAGCAUAGGACACGUCCUGGGCCACGAACUGACUCACGCGUUCGACCCCUACACUAGUCGCGUAAGCCCAUCGGGGGACCCAAAGCCUAUGUACGACGACCCGUCAGCCGAGGAGUUCGGCGUCAGACUUGCCUGUCUGCACAAUCAGCUGAACUUUGCAACGGGUAGCACCACUCUGGGGAAAAAUUCCAUAUCCGAAGCGUUUGCCGACAACGCGGGAAUGGAGAAAGCGACCCUAGCGUUUCAACGGCUCCAGUUUAGCGGCAAAGGCAUGCUGGGUUAUACGGCGCCGCAGUUGUUUUACGUGAGUGCUUGCUUUAAAUUCUGCGGAGAAUAUGGAGAUGAAGUGGCGGAGGACGAAAAAUAUCCACCAUUGCAUCUGAGAUGCGAUUUACCAAUGGCGAACGAGAAUUACUUUUUACAAGUAUUCCAUUGUCCUCUGGGGGCGAAUAUGCGUGCUCCCAUACAGUGCACGUUUCAUAAAUAAAUAUACCUUUGGACGUA